CAGUGUAUGGAAUUAAUUUAAUUCUACAGAGUGCCCUGGUUUAGAAUAUUUCGUUGAAAUGGGGAACCACAAAACAUUUUGCCCUUGGAUGCUUCUUCUUAUGAUAUCUAUGACGGUUUCUGGUGAGUUUUCUGUCACAAAAUAUUCUUCUAGACGAGAGGAAUUGAGUCUUCUUAAAAAUCUUUUAAAAGUUUUGGAGCAACUUGUGAAAGACCAGUCCACCAAAAUGGAAAAAAUCGGAGGAGAACUUAAUGCCAUAAAUAAGAAAAUGCCAAAUGAUAUUGGAGGUAACAAAAAAGACAUUAUGGAUAACAUUUCCAGCGUUGCAAUCGAAAACAAACGACAGGAUGGCACCAUUUUGAACCUUGAAAUAAAGCAACAGUUAUUUGAAAGCAAUUUGAAAGAUAUUGUAAGUGAAAGCAAAGAAAUAGCAAAUAAUGUAACCAGUAUUGCAGUCGAAAACGAAAUACAAAAUGCAAGCAUUAAUCAACACGAAGAAAAGCAACAAUCGUUGGAGAGAAAAUUGAAUGAUCUUGAAAGUGAAAGCAAAGAAAUAGCAAGUAACAUAACAAGUAUUGCAGUCGAAAACGAAAUACAAAAUGCAAGCAUUAACCAACAUGAAGAAAAGCAACAAUCGAUGGAGAGAAAAUUGAAUGAUCUUGAAAGUGAAAGCAAAGAAAUUAUUAAUAACAUAAGAAGUAUCAAAACCAAAACUGAAAGACAAGAUGCUACCAUUGCACAAUGUGAUGUGAAGCAACUGUCACUUGAAAGAAAAUUGAAUG